CAUGCCUCCUUGGGGGGGGGGGGUGCAUGCAGCAAUGGGGAGCUGCCUCUCCUCCCCACCCCAUCCCUCAUAUCCCCAGAAUGAGCCGCCCAUGGUACUGUCCCGCUCCCCACCCUGGCCCCAGGGAUUCCAUUCACUGCCCUGGUUGGGUAGUAGCCCCAGCUGUUGCCCCACUCCCUCCCUCACCAUGGGGCCCCCAAUCUGCUCCCUUCACACCUCUUCCCUCCCCCAUACCUCUUCCCCUCCAGAGACUACCCUGCAGGGUGCUGCUCUCCACUCUGCCUGGAUGUACUCAUGGCCAUGUGCAUGCUGCAGCUGCACACUUGCAGCAUCCAGAGGCCCUGGUCAGAAGGCAUAUUUAUCAGUACGUUAUCAGCUACACUAGUCCAAAAAAAAAGCCAAUAGCCAUGGUGCCGAUCCGGCAUGGCACUAAUAUGUUGGUGCACCUCUACCAUUUUCGUGUUUGUGUUUGGUAUGUCAUCCCAACAAAAGUAGGACAUAAAUUCAUAUAAAAUGUUACUGUAUCCUGUUCCUUCAGGAUAUUCUUGUGCAUGAGGUAACUCUUCUUGGUAAAGAAAAUAUCCUACCAUAGUUGCCUUUGUAGACUUCUGCACUGGGGUUGCACCAGAGACUAACAGUUUAGACAAUCAAUUAAGAGUUAGAUCCUAUAAAGGACUUAGGCACCUAAAAGUUAGGUGUCUGGCCCUGGCCUGGAAUCUAGAGUCCUGUUUUAGGUGACUAGGUUCCUUGUGAAAUGUGGAUGGUGUCUUUUACAUCACACGGUCAGUGGUUAAAAGAUGCAAACAUUCUUAGGGGCCAGUGUAAACCUCUUGCAAAGUAAAUUUCUGAACCAGUAGGAUGCAGUACAGCUUCUAUUUGUACACUCCUUCUGGCUCAAUAAACAUUGGAUUACUUACUCCUUCACAUUACAGCUUCAAGAGAAGUUUUGGAGAACACAUUCAACCAGAGAAAGAAUGGGGUUGUCUGACUGUACAGCUGUAAGGAGAGUGCUGUGCUACUCUAGGUCUUUCUUUAAACGUGGACUCAAAUAUUUUAUAAGUAAGCACAAAGAAGCUAUUUAGACUUCCAGGGAACAGUUAACUGUUGUAACAUUCACAACCAAUCCAAAAAACAAAGGCUGGGAGGGAAACCAUGGUUAGUCAUUGUUGAUUUUCUUUCUGUUUUUUCAAAUUGAUGAGGGCCUGAUCCCGAGACAUCACGGAGUCUCCUGCUGCCUUAAUUGAAGAAUGGUGGUACAAGCAACAUGCACAGAUACUUGAAUUGUUGCUGGUAUUGUGAGCAGCUCAUUUUCUAUUUCUCUUGGUGGCUGCAAAAUUUUGAUCUUGUUUUCCCCAUCCUGCAAGAGGGUUAUUUUUAGAAUUAACCUUUUAUCAUAGUGUUUUACGGCUUAUGGCUAGCAAUGUAAUAGUUAGAAUAAUGCUUUCAUCGUGAAGGGCAGAUGCGGUCUCCAAACCAUCUUUGUGUAUUUUCCUUCUUGAGGGGUUAUGACCAUGCUAUGAGCCAUUUAGGAAAGAGUUUUAAAGAUUCAUUUUGUGAGGUUUCAAGCCAAUACAUUUUAAGUGCUGCUUUUUCGUUUUUAUUUUUUUUUUUACUGUUCUUUAGGGACACAAAAAUAGUACUUUUGGUAGCACUGUACUGAAGUAAGUUUUCCCUCUCCCCGCCCCCCCACUUACAACAGCUGGUAGAUCCCUAACGUUGGAUCUGGCAAAUCUGUUUCAUUUCACUUGUCAUGAGGUAGCAGUUCUGCUGGUCACAGGGGAAUCUCUCAGUCAUUUAGGGGAUUAUGUUGAAAGAAUGAUAUGUAGAUAGAUAAGUAUGUGAGUAAUUGUUUAAGCACAUGUAUGUAGACAGAGUAUAUCUUUCUGGUUUGCUCAAAGUACCAUGUUGUGCUAACCAAUGAGAACUGACCUUUCUUUAGAAAAAAUAGCAAAGUGCGAACAUGUAACAAGGUUGAAGUCAGUUAUUUAAAUGAGUUUUAUCCUCAUGUAUUUAAACCCUUAACUUAUUCAUUUAAAUCAGUCCUCCCUACUUCAGAUGGUGCCAACGAGCCCUGUUCAUAGACUAGGAUGUCCCUGUUCAUGGUCCUUGCUCCACAGGUUACAGUCUAAUAGGUAACUGGCUCCAAGGUAGGACUCGGAGUACUGAUUGACAGAACUGAGUCAGCAUGGAGGAAGGUGGCCAGUGGCAUCCCUUAAGGUUCAGUAUUUGGACCAGUGCUUUUCAACAUGUUCAUCAAUUAUUUGGAUUCGGGUGUUAAAAAUGUAUUGGCAAAGUUUGUGAACAACACCAAAUUAUGGGGGAGUGCUGUCACGCUUGAUGACAGGCUGGAGAUACAGGCUGACCUGGACAGGAUUGUAAGGUGGAUGGAUCAAAACUUGAUGAUGUUUAACAUAGAGAAAUGUAAAGUGCUUCGUCUGAGGAGAAAUAAUCUGCAACAUUUACAGACUUGGCAGUGCUACACUUGCCAGCACCACAAGUGAAAGAGACCUGGAAAUCAUAAUAGACCACAAAAUGAACAUGAGCCACCAAUGCGAUGCUGUAGAUGGCAGAGCGAACACAACGCUGACAUGCAUCUGCUGAUGCAUGUCAGGCAAGACUAAGGAUGUCAUCCUCCCACUCUACUUGGUCUUGGUGGGACUGCAACUGGAGUACUGUGUCCAGUUUUGGGUGCUGCACUUUAGGAAGGAUGUAGAAAAGCUUGAGAGAGUCCAAAGGAGGGCCACACGCAUGAUUAAAGGUCUGGAGAUCAGGUCAUAUGAGGAGAGGCUGAAAGACUUAUGACUGUUCAGCCUGGAGAAAAGAAGACUUAGAGGGGACUUGGUGGCAGUCUAUAAAUAUAUUAGGGGCAAACAUCAGGGCCUGAGGGAGCAUUUGUUCACCAAGGCACCCCAGGGGAACACUAGAAACAAUGGACACAAACUAUUUGAAGAUUUCUCCUUAUGUCCAAUCUGAAGCAACUUCUUUACGAUUUGAGUGCUUAGGGUCUGGAACAGACUCUCCCCAGAAGCGGUACAAUCACGUAGCCUGGAGGUCUUUAAAAAACACCUCGACCUGCACCUUGUUGGGGUCAGAUGACCCCAGCAGUCUUUCCUGCCCAAGUGCAGGGGGGCUAGAUCCGACGAUCUGAUGAGGUCCCUUCUAGCCCCCAAUAUCUAUGAAACUAAAUCUAUGAAGAUAAAAGAACAGAUGGAUACAGAUAGAUGGGAAGGAAGUAGAAAUUAAUGAGAUGAUUUGGUCAGCAUAUGACAAGUAGUGCUUUCAGUGUACAAGUUGUUGCCAGGCUUUCUUUUUAACCUCUCUAUUCCUUCAGGUUUUGUAUCCAGUUAAUUAAGUGACUGUUUAAGCAAUGGUGCUACUGUAUUACUUAAUGAGUCCUUAUAAGUAAAACUGUUUUGUCUUACAGUAGUUCCUGGGGGUGGCAUAACAGCAGGCUAUGCUGUCAUCACUUGGAAGUAAAGCUUUCGAAGGGAAGUAUUUUUGCCAGAGAUAUCUGAGAAACUUAGCCCCUUAAACUGUUUGCUCGUGAGUGAGCUGCCUGCAAGCAUGCCCUUGGAUCAUAUCAAGUUAUACAAUCCAACCAUACCCUCAUUAGGAAAGGUCAUUAUAAUUUUACCUGUAAGGAGUAAGAAAUAAGGGUGAUAUAAUUUAUUUGUGAUGUCAGUGCAGGUUUUUGGCUGGCGCUUAAAGCAUGACAAAAUAAAAUCUCUGAAAGAAUAAUAAAAACAAUACAAGUUUAAUAGAGUUGCAGGUUCUUGUGUAUUUGCCACAAUGGUUCAUAAUAAGCCUGUUGAUACAUUCAUGUUGCUCUGUUUCUGCUGAAAAAUCUGGAGCCUGAUUCUAUAGAAGCAAAACUGGUUUGAUGGACAGAACUUCUUUUAGAUGUGUGACUCUCAACCAGGGUGGCUAGGGCAACUUGGGGUUACCACCAGAUCUUUUGAAGAGUGCCAUGAGGCACAAGAUAAGCCAGGCUCAGACAUGUCCCAGCCUGGAUAAUCCUCUACUUCUGCUGCCCAACCCCCAUGUCAGACAGUAAGCACUGUAAUAUAUAAAUUAGUUUUUGGAAUUGGGUGUUGCUCAAUUUACAAAAGUUAUAGAGGACUCCUUGAAUCCAUUGAGCAGGUGCUUUGAGUCCAAAAGGGUUGAGAACCACUGUUUUAGAUGAAUGAGAGGUUUGCAUGUAUACGGUAUAUGGGUCAGGCCCUUAAUUUAUGUAUUUUAAAGUAUGCAAAGCAGCACACUCAUAACUUGUUACCUCAACAGGAACUUGAGGUAAUGGUGUAACCAGGGUGGUUGUUUAAUAAACUGGGGAAAGCUCAGUGAGCAUGGAGCCUACCAGUUGCCAAGUGAUUAAGAUGCUGUAUUUAAUUUAAAUCUGUUGGAGAACAUUUACUUAUUAAAAACAAAGCCUACAUAGGAAAGAGACAGUGCAGCCAUAUAACUUUGCAGUAGCUGCUAGAUCAAUUGGGUUGCAAAUAGUUUGUCAUUUUAAACAGCUGUUAGGUCUUGUUUCCUGUUUAAUGCAACUUUAAUCAUUUAAUUUGCCUUUUUUCCAAUGCUGGAAUACUUGUUGCUGCACUAAUUGGACUUAAAGCAAAAAGGGUAAAUGUAUAUUUUUGGAAAGAACAUUUAAGACUUUUUAGUAAAGGUCCAAGAGGUUCAGAACUUAGUAACUGAAAUGUGCAGCUGGUACUUCGACCAGUAGUGUGUACAAUCUUUUGUUACUAUCUCUGGGAAUCAACAGGGCUUAAAUUACAGAAGAGCUCUUUGAAUUCUGAGGCCAGUCUAAGCAUUAACUUAAACUAUAAGCUAAAAAGUGUGUAGAAAGUCUACUGUGCAAAACAAGCUUAUUGUUUGUUUGUGAUGGCAAAUGAAAAUUUGCUGGUGUUACAGAAAUAAUUUUCUCCAUGAGUAGGGAAUGAUAGUUAUGGUAUAGUAAUUUGUUCUUUUCCAAAACAUUAAAAAUAAUAAAUAACCAACCUUUCAUGCUAGAUAUUGCUAAUAUGCAAAAUGCCCGGUUAUGUUCAGGAUAGAAAUUGAAACUAAUAUGGCUUAAAACAAUGGUUCUUAAUAUUUUUAGACCCAAGGCACACUUCAGAAAAUGGCCGCUCUUAGUUUCUGUUUGCAUUUUUACUAUGGAAAAAUAAUAGUGCAUUUUUUCUGUUGCAUGGGACUCAAGGACCACAACAGGUCAGAAUGUAUGUACACUGUGGAUUGGUAUUUCAAAUCUGACUGAGGCACCCUAGCUGAGAAUCACUGGUUUAAAGUCAUACCAAGAGUCUGUCUUUUAAAUGUCUUUUAAAUGGCCCUUCAUUAGCAUCUGGGCUGAGCAGGUUUUGUUGCUUGCUGCUUCUUGGUAUAAGGGUGAGUAAACAAAAAAUUGAAACUGAAAGUGUUAUUGAUUGAAUCGGCUGUCUGUAAAUUGCUUUAAUCAGCAGCUGCUUAAAUUAGUGAGCUAAACUGCGUUUAUUUCUCCAGCUCCUUUAUUUUGUGGUGUAGUGCAACUACUCUGGUCUGGCUGCUUAUCAUGACAUGUUGCAAAUUUAGACAUGCUGAUAUUUGUAAUGUAUGCAGUCUUUGCAUUUCAAACCAUUCAAAAUGGUAGGCCAUGAAUUAUGAUUAGGCAUGCUGUAAAAUUGGCACUUCUGUACUUUUCUCCAGCUACUUGCGAGCAGGUUUGGGAAGACAGAAUUUUACUGUAGUUGCACUCUGACAUUGGAGUGCUAACGCUAAUACAAAAACGUGAAGAGGGUAUUGAAGUUGGCUUGUCCACCUUGGUGAGAAGACAGCAAACUGAUAGCAUAGGGAAAGCUUUACCUUCUGAUUUUCUGUUCUCCAUGUCUUGGUUGAUGUUGUUGUCUUUUCAAUGUGAGAUACAGUACAGGUGUCUGAAAACCAUAUCUUUCAAACAGAGCUAUGUAUGGAAUCCAUUACAAAUUUUGCUUUUAUUUCUAGGCAGCAUUGCACACUGCUGUCCUGCUGAUUUUUACUUCAUAACUGAAGUGGGUAUUUUGCAUACGUCAUACUUCCAGGCUUUCUUUUCUAAACCUAAAACUAGUGAACAGGGCUUUCCAGUACUCCUAGAAUAAUAAACGCAAUAAUCUUUCACUUGGAAAAGUAGCGCUAUUGACUUGGCUCUUGAAUGACUUGUUGAUAAAAUUUAUCUCUGAAUAGUUUUUAUGAUAGUAGAUGGAAUACCAAAAUUAAUAAAUUCAGUGCUAUGAAUUCUUAGCACUGUAGUGGGGAUUUACAUAAAGCAGCUCUUUGGAAACUUCUCAUUUUAAUUCCAGGUUUUCUCUGGCCCAAACAGCUGUUGCUGUAUUGCAGUGAUGCUGAAGAUGUCUGAUUAUAAAUUAGGAUUGAAAGGAAAUUCAGUGCCUGGUCCUUGCCUUACUGCCAGAAGUUCUAAUAUGGAGGUGGUGUCAGCAGAAAUGAACAGCUUGCUCCCUGAGGAAAUAAUGGACACUGGUAUAACUCUCGUGGAAGAUGAUAGUAUUGAGGCUGUUAUUGUAUCCUCACCUAUGGGAGAGUCCGUUCCCAUGGAAACAGAACUGGAAGAAAUUGUGAACAUAAGCUCAACCAGUGACUCGGCAAAUACAACUACUUCCAUGGUCACUGCAGAACCAGUUACUGUGCCCAGCAGUCACUCGAGCCAUGUUGGAGUGAAUACUACGAUUACAAAAACUGACACCAAUGCAACAAUAAAACCUAUGUUUCAAAGUGGCCUCCAUAAACUUGGUGCUUCGACUCCAGUGACUAUAUCAGCCAAUCAGAUUAUUCUGAACAAGACCUCUGACCUUAAACUUGGCAAUCAAAGUAUUAAACAGGAUGGACAGAAGCUAAUUGUAACAACUUUGGGAAAGUCUGGCCAACCAAUUGUUUUAGCAUUACCACACAACCAGCUACCCCAGGCACAGAAGACCACAUCCCAAGCUCAAAGUGGAGACUCUAAAGUACCAGGCCAGCAGAUUAAAGUAGUUACUAUUGGAGGGAGGCCAGAAGUGAAGCCUGUUGUUGGUGUUUCAGCUUUGACACCAGGAAGUCAGCUGAUAAACACUGCAGCCCAGCCUUCUGUAUUACAGACCCAGCAGUUAAAAACAGUGCAGAUUGCUAAGAAGACCCGAACCCCAACAUCUGGCCCAGUGAUCACCAAGCUGAUCUUUGCAAAGCCAAUUAAUAGCAAAGCAGUUACAGGACAGACCACUCAAGUGUCACCAGUCAUUGCAGGUAGGGUUCUUUCACAGACUGCUCCAGGAACACCACCAAAGACAAUAACAAUUUCUGAGAGCGGAGUUAUUGGGUCAUCUUUAAGUUCAGCAACACAACAGACACCAAAUAAGAUAGCUAUCUCUCCAUUGAAGUCCCCCAAUAAGCAGCUAACAGUGGUGUCAGUGGCCUCUCAGCCUUCAAACUCCCCCCAGAAGGCUGUGGGUGUUCCCCUGAAUGUAGCCUUAGGACAGCAGAUCCUGACAGUGCAGCAGCCAACAUCCUCUUCCCCUGGCAAGGCCUUAGUCAACCACACAACUGCUCAGGCUGUGAAAUCAACAGUGCAGACCAUCACUGUAGGAGGAGUGGGUACUUCUCAAUUUAAGACCAUCAUUCCCUUGGCAACGGCACCCAAUGUUCAACAGAUUCAGGUACCUGGAAGCAAAUUCCAUUAUGUCAGGCUUGUCACUGCCACAACAGCCAACAGUUCAACUCAGUCAGCCAGUCAAAAUCCCAGUACCAACACGCAGUCUCUUCAGCAAGCCAAGCCAGUGGUGGUAAAUGCAACCCCAGUGCGGAUGUCUGUCCCAAUAGUACCAGCACAGACUGUCAAACAGGUGGUGCCCAAACCAAUCAACCCAUCUUCACAGAUUGUUACCACUAGUCAGCCCCAACAAAGACUUAUUAUGCCAGCCACUCCACUGCCACAAAUACAACCAAACCUCACUAACCUCCCUCCGGGUACUGUUUUGGCACCAGCACCUGGCACAGGAAAUGUAGGCUAUGCUGUUCUUCCAGCCCAGUAUGUUACUCAGCUACAGCAGUCAUCAUAUGUGUCUAUAGCAAGUAACACUGGUUUUACUGGGACAUCUAGUAUCCAGACUCAAGCAAGGCUGCCAUUCAAUGGAAUCAUUCCAUCUGAAUCUGCAAAUCGUCCCAGAAAGCCAUGCAAUUGUACAAAGUCACUGUGUUUGAAACUGUAUUGUGAUUGUUUUGCAAAUGGUGAAUUCUGCAAUAACUGCAACUGUACAAAUUGUUAUAACAACCUGGAACAUGAAAACGAUAGGCAAAAAGCUAUAAAGGCCUGCCUUGACAGAAAUCCUGAAGCCUUUAAGCCCAAAAUAGGAAAAGGAAAGGAAGGGGAAUCAGACAGACGGCAUAGCAAAGGUUGUAACUGCAAACGUUCGGGAUGUCUCAAAAAUUAUUGUGAAUGCUAUGAGGCAAAGAUCAUGUGUUCCUCAAUAUGUAAAUGCAUUGGCUGUAAAAACUUUGAAGAAAGUCCAGAGCGAAAGACAUUGAUGCACUUAGCAGAUGCAGCAGAAGUCAGAGUCCAGCAACAGACAGCUGCAAAGACAAAGUUAUCCUCACAAAUUUCCGAUCUGCUUACAAGGCCAACACCAGCACUCAGCAGUGGAGGGGGGAGACUGCCUUUUACAUUUGUAACCAAGGAGGUGGCUGAUGUGACAUGUGAUUGCCUUCUUGCCCAGGCUGAGCAGGCUGAGAAGAUGGGCAAGUCAAAGACAGCAGCAGAGCGCAUGAUACUGGAGGAAUUUGGACGUUGUUUGAUGAAAGUAAUUAACUCUGCAGGAAAGUCCAAAAGUGACCCUUGUGCUAUGAACUGCUGACUCUUGCACAGGAGCCAUGAUAAAUUGGACUGAAUAGAACACUUAAGGCACAGGGACACUUUGAUUCACAGCAGAGAAUUUAUUAAUAAUAUUUCAUUUUAAUUUGGUGCUUGUUUUAAAUUAACUUGCAUAAUACUGAAAAAAAAUCUUUUAUAACACGGAAUAGAGUCUUUUAAAUCUUAGUUAAAUCAUCUUCUACUUAUGACAAUACGUAAAGGUAAAUUCUCUCUCUUGCUCUCUCUCAUAUAAUUGCCUAAAGAGUAUAUAUAAAUUAUUAUAAUAUAUUAUUUACAAUGUAUAGAGUUACAUAACUUUGUUCAUAUGGUGGGUGGGGGGAUAGACACUGUCAGAAAGCAGACAUGUAUGGCAGCAGACCUAAAGGACAGGUAUCAGUAUAUUCAAGGAAGAGUUAAAUUCAGAGAUAGUAGCACCUCUUCAGGAGAAAGGUAAGAAAUCUGCAUUGAGAACCAAAUUCAGCAAGGGCUUGAAGCACUUCUGUAUCAUUAAGCAUUCAGACAGUGAACACACAUCAGGAGUACUUUAAAAUGUUUCUUAUUGGGUCUGUAUUGAAGACCCUGGCUGAAGUGGGCCAGAAGGGCAAGGCAUGGUUUUUCAAGCAAAGGGUAUAUUAAGGGUGUUUAUAACCAAAUCUUUUGUGUUUGAAAAGAGCCAUGUGCAGUGCUACCCAUCCAGCUGGUAUCAUGGAGCUUGACCUUGUGAGUUCUUUACUUGGUGAACCUUUCACUGAAUCUGAGGAGAGUUUACAAUGUUUCAGACUUUCCAGAAUCAAUCUGGAAGUAUAUUUUUAAUGAUAGGAAGUGAGAUCAUGUGUAUCCACUAGGAUAAGACAAAGUUAUCACAGUUCAUGACGGAGAUUUAAAACUACCUGCAUCAGUUUUAUUCUGAGAACACUUGUGAGACCAGGUUCCAUGUAGAGUUGAUCUUUUUUUGAUAUUGCUUUUCUAAUCUUCCUGUCAUACUGGCUUGUUUUUUUUAAGUGCUAUUUAGAUGACUACCAUUUGAAUCAGGACAUACAAGUACAUGGGUGCAGAAUUAAGGCCACCAUCAAAAAUGGACAUGUUUACGCCUUGGGAAUGGAGGACACCAAAUAUAACUGUGUAUAGAAAUGUUCCAGAGUGGGAACUUUCUCCAGCAUUUGUUUCAAAUGAUCUUGUCACUUGUUUUGAUAAUGUAGCACAUUAUCAAGCUGAACUUGUUAAGCUCUAACAUUAAUGGAAACAAAACAACCAUGUUUAAAUUCACAGGCAUUUUUGUUAAACAUCUUAAUUCUGUCUAUCAGAAUGAUUGCUACUCUUUUUCCAAAAGGGAUUUUUUUUAUUCUCUCCAUGUAUCACUGUGUGUGUGUGUGUGUAUGUAUAUGUGUGUGUGUGUGUGUGUAUAUGUAUAUAUGUAUAUGUAUGUGUAUAUAUAUAUAUAUAUGUGUAUGUAUAUAUAUAUAUAUAACAUACUUUUCCAUGUGUGUAUGGGUAGCAAAUACACACAUCUGAAAAGGGAAUCCAUCAUUCAUUUAAAAAGUACAAUUUUUUUAACAAUUAGGUCUUGGAUUUAUAAAUGUCAGUGCAGUAACUUUAAAUGUAGAUAGUACAGACAUUCGGCUUACUUCUAGUGUAUCAAUAUAGUAUGUCCAGUAAAAUUUGUAUAAAUGUAAAUUAGUGUAAGUGAAAAAAAAUAAUACCUAAUCAAGUUAUUUUUCAAACAGAUUGCAAUAUGCCUUCUUUUGCCCAGAACUAAAUUUAUGUUAAUUUUGUACAUAAUCCAUUUUAUUCUAAAUUGCACCUUUUGUGAUGUAUUUAUAUAUAAUGUGCAGAAAAUGCUUGUGAAACUUGGAUUACAGUUGUAGAUGAUGUAUGAUGGCAUUGCUUGAGAAUAGUUUGCUUGUAAAGGUUUUGAAGGUGCAAUCAAAUGCUUUUAGUUCUGUUUGUUUUGAACAAGCUUUCUCAAUGUUAAAAUGUUAAGCUUGAAUUUUCCUUCCUUCUUCCCCCCAUCCCCAGGGCACACAAAUGCUUUUUGUACUUCAUUAGCCAUUUGCAUCAAACUGUGGAACACAAUUUACAGUCAAGUUCAUCCAGUAAUUUUAAACAAAAUUUGGGGUGAGCCAGGGGUUCAUUUUCUAGGUCUGUUUGCAUCAAAGUAGAAAAAUUUUAAAUUUAUAUUUACUAGACCUAUUCAAAGAACACACUUUUUUCUAUAUUGUAAAAACAGAGCAGUCAGACAAAUCGCAAAGAAAAAUAAACAUUUAUACUAUUCUGUA